AUGGCGGCUUUUCACUUCUACCACCACCACCAACACCACCACCACCAACACCACCACCUUCCGAGCGCGGAGCCGCGGAGGGUCCUCCACCGGCUCAUGGUCAUGUCCUCCGUCGGCAUCCUCUGCUUCUCCCUCGUCUACUUCCUGACCGGAUGCCGGGGGACGGAGCCGACGCAGACCCCCGACGACGACGACGACGCGAAACCGGCCGCACACGAGCUGCUGGUGUCCGGGUGGCUGGGCGAGAGGAACGGCAGCGUGCACGGCGCGGCGGGCGCGGCGGGUAACGGCUCCGGCAAAGACUGGACGGCCGGCCGCAGGUUGCCCCAGGCUCUGAUCAUCGGCGUGAAAAAGGGAGGCACCCGGGCCCUGCUGGAGUUCCUCCGGCUGCAUCCGGACGUCCGCGCCCUGGGCUCCGAACCCCACUUUUUUGACCGGCAUUACGCACGGGGACUGGAUUGGUACAGAAGCGUGAUGCCCAAAGCCCUGGACGGCCAGAUCGUCAUGGAGAAGACCCCGCGUUACUUCGUCACGGUGGAGACCCCUGCGCGGGUCCACGCUAUGUCACAGGAUGUAAAGCUGAUUGUGGUGGUCCGUGACCCCGUGACCCGGGCCAUAUCUGACUACACGCAGAUCAUCUCCAAGACCCCGGACAUCCCUCCGUUUGAGAACCUCGCCUUCAAAAACCGCUCCGCAGGGCAGAUCGACACGAUGUGGAGCCCGCUGUGGAUCGGCCUGUACGCCCAGCACCUGGAGCGCUGGCUGGCCUGGUUCCCCCGGGCUCAGAUCCACCUGGUCAGCGGGGAGAAGCUCAUUUCAGAUCCGUCUGGAGAGCUGGGGAAGGUCCAGGACUUCCUGGGCCUCCAGAGGAUCAUCACGGACAAACACUUCUACUUCAACAAGACCAAAGGCUUCCCCUGUCUGAAGAAGCCGGAGGGCAGCAGCAAGCCCCACUGUCUGGGCAAGACCAAGGGGAGGACGCACGCCUCCAUCGACCCCGAGGUGGUCCACAGACUGAGGGACUUCUACAAGCCCCACAACCAGCGCUUCUAUCAGAUGGCCGGCCAGGACUUUGGAUGGCAGUGA